GAUGGAAUUUUCCAAAAACCCACCAGCAUGUGUACAAAGAACUAUCCGUACCCAUUCUAUAACGGAUCAAAAUGCUGCAAGGAAAACUUAGAAGAAUUGUAUAAAAAUGUGACUACUGGAUCAAGAGGACUUCUCACUUUUUACAGUCUUGACUGCAGUGGUUCUAGUAUCGACUGUCUGUCAGGAUAUGAAUGCAUCCUUCACACAUCGGAGACACCCUUGUCAGCUUUAAAG